UGGUUCGUGAAAAUCAUCUUGUUUUGUUCGCAAAAUCGAUGCAUUUGUAAUUAGCGAUGUCGUUUUCGGAUUCUGAGUCGUCUUCUCAUGGUGGUGAAAGAGAAUACAAGGUCUUUCGACAGUUCAGCCGCGAUCGGCUAUUGUAUGAAAUGCUUGGAUCUUCGACAUCUGGAGGUUCAAAAUCUGCUUGGAAGGUACUCAUAAUGGAUAAAGUGACCGUCAAAGUCAUGUCUCAUUCGUGUAAAAUGGCAGACAUCACAGAUCAAGGAGUUUCCUUGGUGGAAGACCUUUUCAGGAGAAGGCAGCCAUUACCAUCCAUGGAAGCUAUAUAUUUUAUCCAGCCAUCAAAAGAAAAUAUUAUCAUGUUCUUAUCUGACAUGUCGGGAAGGGAGCCUUUAUACAAGAAGGCAUUUGUAUUUUUUAGUUCACCUGUUCCAAAGGAAUUCGUUAAUCACAUCAAAAGCGACACAAGUGUGAUACCUCGCAUAGGUGCAUUGAGAGAGAUGAAUUUGGAAUACUUUCCUAUAGAUAGUCAGGGUUUUAUCACUGAUCAUGAAACAGCCUUGGAAGAACUCUUUAGUGAAGAUGCUGAGAAGUCUCGCAAAUUUGAAGUUUGUUUGAAUACAAUGGCAACUCGAAUUGCCACAGUUUUUGCCUCACUGAAGGAGCUUCCAUUUGUGCGAUAUCGUGCUGUCAAGUCACAAGAUGCAUCUACAGCGACAACCCGUGACUUAAUUCCUUCUAAGCUUGCUGAAGCUGUUUGGAACUCUCUUUUGAAGUACAAAUCUAUUCCCAACUUUCCACAGACUGAAACAUGCGAGCUGCUCAUCUUGGAUAGAUCUGUUGACCAGAUUGCUCCUGUGAUACAUGAAUGGACAUAUGAUGCUAUGUGCCAUGAUUUACUUGAUAUGGAUGGAAACAAAUAUGUGCUUGAGGUUCCUAGCAAAUCAGGUGGCCCACCUGAGAAAAAGGAGGUCCUUUUAGAAGAUCACGAUCCAGUUUGGUUAGAGCUUCGUCAUGCACACAUAGCCGAUGCAAGUGAGCGCUUGCAUGAUAAGAUGACCAACUUUAAAUCAAGGAACAAAGCCGCACAGGUUCAGAGCUCAAGAGAUGGAAGUGAAUUAUCUACUCGAGACUUGCAGAAAAUUGUGCAAGCUUUGCCACAAUAUAAUGAAAUAGUUGAAAAGCUCUCUCUGCAUGUGGAGAUUGCUGGAACAAUCAACAAACAUAUCAGGGAAAUGGGGCUUCGUGAGCUUGGACAACUAGAACAGGAUCUUGUUUUUGGAGAUGCAGGAGCAAAGGACGUCAUCAGCUUUCUGAGGACAAAGCAGGAUGCAUCUCCAGAAAAUAAAUUGCGUUUGCUAAUGAUUUACGCAUCAGUCUAUCCAGAGAAAUUUGAGGGUGAUAAAGCUUCAAAGCUUAUGCAGUUGGCUAAAUUAUCACCAGAAGAUAUGAAAGUCAUUAACAAUAUGCAAUUACUUGGAGGAUCAUCACAAAGUAAAAAAGCAACCAGUGGUUUCUCGCUCAAGUUUGAUGGCCAAAAGACAAAACAAGCAACAAGAAAAGACCGAACUGGAGAGGAAGAAACUUGGCAACUAUUUCGGUUUUAUCCCAUGAUAGAGGAGCUUAUUGAAAAUCUUAGCAAAGGUGAGCUGCCAAAGAACGACUAUUCAUGUAUGAAUGAACCAAGUGCAGUUGUCCAGGACAGACCCCAAAAUGGAUCGAUGCGGACAAGACCAACUCCAGCUGCGCCUACGGAGAAAAGGCCUGCUCAUUCAAUGAGAUCAAGACGAACAGCAACGUGGCCACGGCCUCACUCUUCUGAUGAUGGAUAUUCCAGUGAUUCAGUUCUGAAAAAUGCAACUGCUGAUUUCAAGAGAAUGGGACAGCGUAUUUUUAUAUUUAUCAUUGGUGGGGCAACUCGAUCUGAGCUACGAGCAUGUCACAAACUCACAGCAAAACUGAAUAGGGAAGUUGUCCUGGGUUCUUCUAGUUUGGAUGAUCCUCCACAAUAUAUUACGACACUGAAGCUGCUGUCAGAAAAGGAUCUAUCCAUGGGUGCCCCACAACCCAACUUUUGGUGAGAUCGAACUCUGGCUCAUAUGCUUUUUGCCCAUUGCCAGCUUGUUGAAUACCUCAUUUGGGAGUUGAUAAUAACCCUGCAAAGUAGGACUCUACAAUUUGAAUGAUGAGCAGUUUUACUCUGCGUAAUUAGAAAAGUGGAUCGAAAAAGAUUGAAAACAAGGCCCUUAUCCUGUCUGUACAGUCAUUGCCUCUUGAAAAUAUAAUUCGAGUCUCGGACCUGCUUCUCUUCAACCCGGAGUGGAGCGAGUCUUCUUGUUGUUUAUCGUUAACCAAAAUUUACGCAUACUUUUUAGGGACGUUUGGAUGCCCCAGGGAAUUCGAAUAGCCCAUAAUGUAUUAUAUCCAUUGUUUUAUUAAAGUAUUCAAAUUUUUUC